AUGAGUCUGAGGGUCCUCCCGCGUUUGCUACAGAGGCGAGCUGCUGCAGCAAGGAGAGCAGCAGGCCUGCGUUGUGCGGCAGCUGGGGUGUAUGUGCAGCAGCGGUGCUUCUCUGCCUCCACCAGCAGCAGCAGCAGCAGCAGCAGAAGCAGCAGCAGCAGCAGCAGCAGCAGAGUGCUGCAGCAGCAGUCCGCAUGCAGCCACAGAGGAGACAUUAAACUCAUCUGCCGGCUGGCAGAAGAAAGAGACAUCGACGCGCUGCUGCUGCAGCUGCUGGAACCAUCACAGCAGCAGCAGCAGCAGCAGCAACCGCAGCAGCAGCAGCAGCAGCAUCUGCAGCUGCUGCAGCAACAGGAGAUCUGUAUCGAUGCUGCCAAUGUGAAGAAGAGCGACGGGCUGCAGCAGCUGCUGCAGCAGCAGGAUGCCAACAGCUGGCUGCUGCUGCAGCAGCAGGCGCUGCUGCUGCUGCAGCAGGGAGACUUCAUCGGCGCAGCAAAAAUAUGCCACGGCUAUUUGAAUCUGCUGUUCGUACACCGCAAGCGUCCCGCUGCAGCAGCAGCAGCAGCAGCAGCAGCAGCAGCAGCAGGAGCUACUGCCCCCGCUGCUGCUGCUGCAGGCCACGCGGCGAGCACAACGGGGCCCGUACACUGGGAAGGAGACGAAGAGGCAGCAGCAGCAGCAGCAGCAGCAGCAGCAGAUGGAUCGAAACCAGUUGCAUCCUCAGCAGCAGCAGCAGCAGCAAAUAGGCAUGAUGAGCAGCAGCAGGCUGCUGCUCUGUUGUUUCUGCAGCUGCAGCAGCACGUGCGAUCCAAAGCAGCAGCAACUGCAGCAGCAGAGGCAGCAGCAACUGCAUUACCAACAGCAACAGCUACCCUUCCCCACACCACAGCAGCAGCAGCAGCACCACCACCACCAGCAGCACCAGCUGCAGCACCAGCAUCAGCAGCGGCAGCAGCACCCGCAGCACCCGCAGCAGCAGCAGCAGCAGCAGCAGCAGCAGGACCUGCUGCUGCUGCAGCAGAGCUUCUUUCUUGGGAUGAAGCUGUGUGGUACUUGAAGCUCGUUAGCUGCUUCCGCUGCGUGCAGGAUUUGCUGCUGCAGCAGCAGCUGUGUAGAUGGCUAGCUCAGACAAUGCAUGCGCUGCACCAGCAGCUGCAGCAGCAGCAGCAGCAGCAGCAGCAGCAGCAGCAGCAACAGCAGCAACAAGAUUCUCUCCUGCUGCCCAACGCAACCUUGCAACAGCUGCGACCGAAGGUGACGCUGCUGCGCUUACCGCAGCAGCAACAGCAGCAACAGCAGCAGCAGCAGCAGCUGCUGCAGCUGCAGCUGCAGCAGCUGCAUGAGGUGCAGCAGGAGCAGCAGCAGAAGCUGCUGCAGGAUGUAGCAGCAAUAAUUCGUUGUCUUUGGGAAUGUCUGCAUGUGGAUGUGCCGCUGCUGUCUGCUGCUUGUUUGCUGCUGCAGCAGGGGGCCCCGCUGCUGUCUGCUGCUGCCUGCUGCAGCACUCUAUCAUAUUUGUCGCUGCUGGGCCACAGCGACCCUGCUGCUGCUGCUGCUGUUGCAGCCCAUCUCGUCAGCAGCAAACAGCUUGCUGCUGCUCCGCUGCAGCAGCUAUCACAUCUGCUGCUGGCGCUGCAGCGGCUGCGGCUGCGCGAUGAUCUGCUGCUUGCUGCUUGCUGCAGCAGCCUGCUGCAGCGGGUCCCUAGACUGCAGCAGCAGCUGCCGCUGCUGCCGCCGCAGCAGCAGCAGCAGCAAAGCCGAUACCUCAUUAGUGUUUUCCACUGUCUGACGGUGGGGGGCGCAUGCAGCAGCACGGCGCUGCGUAGGCUGCUGCCGCUGCUGCAGCAAGCAGCAGCAGCAGCAGCAGCAGAUUCUGCUGUCUUGGUGUGGCAUGGGGUCUUCUCUUUGGGGGCCUGGGCGGGGCCCCUGAGGGCCCUUGUUAAGCAAAGAGUCCUUACACACCUACAGCAGCAGCAGCAGCAGCAGCAGCAGCAGCAGCAGCAGCAGCAGCAGCAGCAGCGGCAGCAGCAGCAACAGCUGCUGCUGCGGCUGCCCACGUCCGCGUUGCUGGCUGCUACGACCCUCUGCUAUCAUCACCUCGGCUUCUACGAUGCCCCGCUGCUGCUGCAAAUUGCUGCUGCUGCAUGUCGUGAGGUGCAGCAGCAGCAGCAGCAGCAGCAGCAGCAGCAGCAACUGCAGCAGCAGACGAAGCAAGCAGCAGUUGCUGCUUCGUUCCUCUGGCGAGCUCUCUAUGGCCUCCACCACCUCGCAGCGACACCGCGGGACUUUCCGCAGCAGCAGCAGCAGCAGCAGCAGGAGCAGCAGCAGGAGCAGCAGCAGAAGCAGCAGCAGAAGCAGCAGCAAAAGCAGCAGCAGAAGCAGCAGCAGCAGUACGCAGCAGCAACACCAACUAACAUGACACUGCAAGGGGGAAAGAAGCAGCAGGAGCAGCAGCAGCAGCAGCAGCAGCAGCAUCACGCUGCUGUGCCCACCCCCCCCAGCAGCAGCAACAACUGCAACAGCAACGACAGUUCCAACAACAGUAGCAGCAACACGAACAUCAGCAGCAGCAGCAACAUCAGCAGCAACACCAGCAGCAGCAGCAGCAGCAGCAGCAGCAGCAGCAGCAGGGAGAUAUCUGCUUUUGUGUAUAACAGCAGCCGCUUCAGUCCUGAGGUGCGGCACUCCCCUUGGGUGACGGCCCCGCUGUCGCUGCUGCGGCAGCUGCUGCAGCCCGAGCAGCAGCAGCAGCAGCAGCAGCAGCAGCAGCAGCAGCAGCAGCAGGACCUGCUGCAGCUGCUGCCUAUAAAGAAGAUGACGCGCAAGAGCAGCAGCUUACAUGAAGAGGUCUUCUUGGCGCUGCCGCAGAAGCUGCGAGCUGCUGCUGCAGCAGAAGCAGAAGCGGGGCCCUUUGUUGUCGAUAUAUAUAUACAGCAGCAGCAGCUGCUGCUGUGGCAGCAGCAGCAGCAGCGGCAGCAAAAGAAACAAGAAAAAAUAAAACUAAAAAAACUACAAAAUAUAUUACAAAGACAAAACACCACUCACACAAACCACACACUGCAGCAACAUAUGCUAACGGACAGCCAGCAACCUGCUGCUGCUGCUGCUGCUGCUGCUGCUGCUGUUGCUGCUGCUGCUGCUGUUGGAGGGCACAAGGGUGGUGCUGACGCUGCUGCAGCUGUCACAAAUGAAGAAACAAAACAAACUACAAAAAGACCCAAACCCAGCAAGAGCAGCAGCAACAGCAGCAACAGCAGCAGCAACAGCAGCAGCAGCAGCAACAGCAGCAAGAGCAGCAGAAACAGCAGCAGUAAGAACAGCAACAGCAGCAGCAGCAGCAACAACAAAAGAGAAGGCGUUCGACAAGCGAUAUGA